UUGUGGUUGAGCUCUUAAAUCAAAUCUUUUCCAAAUAAUUUUGUUACACCUUUAUAUAAGUUUUCUUAUAUUUCCUACUUUCCCUGCAAUGUAAAAGUUGAACUAUACAACAAUGGCUUCUGUUAGAUCAAGAUCUGUAAGGUUUACUGAUAAUCUUGAAAUGAAGAAAUUAGAGGAAGGUGAAGAUAGUGAAAUGACAAUGAUGGCUUAUGAGAUGAGUAAUAAUCAACACAAGCAUGAAAAGGAUACAAAACACAAGUUAUCAGCAAAUGGAAGAGAACUUUCAAGAGUGUUUUCUGAAGAUUAUGAUGCAGAAGAGAUAUUAAUAUUAGAUCCUAGAGGACCUAGAGUAAAUUUAUGGAACAAAAUUUUCUUAGCAGCUUGUUUGGUUUCAUUGUUUGUGGAUCCACUUUUCUUUUACUUACCAGUUGUUAAGAAAGAAAAGUGUAUUGAUAUGUCACUUGGUCUUGAAGUUUCAUUAACCAUAAUUAGGACUAUGGUUGAUGCAUUUUAUAUUUUUCAGAUUUAUGUUAAGUUUCAAACUGCUUAUAUUGCUCCUUCAUCUCGUGUUUCUGGUAGAGGAGAACUCAUUAUUGACUCAUCAAAAAUUGCAUCAAAUUAUUUGAGUAGAGACUUUUGGGUUGAUCUUGUGGCUGCACUACCACUUCCUCAGGUACUGAUUUGGGGUGUAAUACCAAAUAUGAAGGGGUCAGAAAUGAUUGCUUCAAGGCAUGUAGUGCGCCUUGUGACAAUUUUCCAGUUCUUAUUGAGAUUGUAUCUUAUUGGUCCUCUAAAAGCUGAAAUCAUCAAGGCAAAUGGAGUAAUGAUGGAAAAAGCUUGGGCUGGUGCAGCAUAUAAUUUGACACUCUACAUGCUUGCUAGUCAUGUUUUAGGAUCUUGUUGGUACUUGUUAUCAAUUGAAAGACAAGAUGAAUGCUGGAAGAAAGUUUGCACACUUCAAUAUCCACACUGUCAGUAUCAUUAUCUUGAUUGUGAAAGCAUAGGUGAUCCAAAUAGGAAUGCUUGGCUUAGAUCAAGCAACCUCUCAGGUCUAUGUGAUCAGAACAGUGACUUCUUUCAGUUUGGAAUUUUUGCUGAUGCUCUCACUUUGGAAAUAACUGGCUCAGAAUUCUUAAACAGAUACUAUUACUGUCUUUGGUGGGGACUCAGAAAUCUAAGCUCUGCAGGACAGAAUCUCUUAACAAGUACACAUGUUGCAGAGAUAAACUUUGCUGUGAUUGUUGCAAUUCUUGGAUUGGUGCUUUUUGCACUACUCAUAGGCAAUAUGCAAACGUACCUUCAAUCCACCACUAUAAGGCUGGAAGAGUGGAGAAUUAGAAGGACAGAUACAGAAAGAUGGAUGCAUCACAGACAGCUACCUCGUUACCUGAAGCAAAAUGUUCGACGGCAUGACCAAUUCAGAUGGGUAGCUAAUCGUGGUGUGGACGAAGAAGCUAUCCUCAGAGACCUUCCUGUUGAUCUCAGACGUGACAUUAAACGCCACCUUUGCCUUAAUCUUGUUAGACAAGUACCACUAUUUGAUCAAAUGGAUGACAGAAUGUUAGAUGCGAUAUGUGAAAGGCUGAAGCCAACACUAAGCACAUCAGGAACUUGCAUAGUUCGCGAAGGCGACCCCGUCACCGAGAUGCUCUUCAUUGUUCGAGGACGCCUAGAUUCUUGCACAACAAAUGGUGGCAGAACAGGUUUCUUCAACACCUGCACAAUAGGCUCAGGUGAUUUCUGUGGUGAAGAGCUUCUACCAUGGGCCUUAGACCCUCGUCCAACCGUUGUACUUCCUUCAUCAACUCGAACCGUGAAAGCCAUCACCGAAGUCGAAGCCUUUGCACUCAUCGCCGAGGAUUUAAAAUUCGUAGCAGCACAGUUCCGAAGAUUACACAGCAAACAACUGAGACAAACAUUUAGAUUCUGUUCUCAUCAGUGGAGAACAUGGGCUGCAUGUUUUAUACAAGCUGCUUGGUUUAGGUAUAAAAGAAUGAAAGAAAGUAAUGAGGUUAAGGAAAUGGAGAAUCUUAUGAUGAUGGAAAAUGUGCAAUGUUAUGGAAAUGAUGAUAGUCAGUAUUUCUCUGCACCUUUGCAGGCACCUAAGGGAUCAAGUUAUUCAAUGUAUUCUGGUAAACUUGUUGGUAGUUUAAGGAAAGGUAGGAGCAUGAGAUAUGGUUCUGAAGAUAUUAUUGGUUCAUUAUUGAGGAAGCCACUUGAACCUGAUUUUAAUGAUGAUGGUGGUUAAAAGAAAUUCAGGAGUUAAAAGUUGUCCAUGUGGAGAAGGUUUAUUAAUUAGUGUUAAUGUGUGUGUUAAUUAGGGUCAUUAGUGGACUAUGUGCUGUUUAUUAGUUAUGUUAGUUUUUUUACCAUAGUUUAGUUAUAGCAAAACUCUGUAACUAUGAAUGAACUCAUAUCAGUUUUAGGCUAGGGCCAAAGAUGGAAUUAAUGGAAAUGGAAAUAACAUAUAUUUGAGUA